AUGACCAAGGUCAGCAGCGCGUGGUCGCAAGCCGCGCCGCCGCGGCCAUCCAAGUGGGCGUACCUUGUCGAGUAUGGCGGCAUUCUCUACGUCCUGUCUUCGGUUCUCCUCGGCGUCUACGGGCUCGCCCUCCUCUCAUCAUACACCCAAAACGACAACUUCUGGCCCGACUACACGCAGCGCAACACAUCCAGUACGCUCACCGACGUUGUCAACGGGCAGCUACGACUCCGUGCGUCCCUUCCAUCAACAGACCUGACGUCCUUAACGGUCGUGCUCUCGUCGGAUGCGUCGGGGUCGCCCCACACGUAUGCGCGUCAGCUCUUGUACCACGAGCUCACGUCGCCGGACUACGCGAUUCAAGGGCUGCGCACCAUGCCGCCGUCGCACGUCACGUCGCUCGUGUCCCAGUACUGCUGGGUCGACUGGCAUCGAAAUUGGAGCGUCGCGCACUCGAGCCAGCGCGCCGCGCGAUGCAGUGCGAGGUACCAAGCGAAUGCGGCCACGUACCUCGAGAGCGUCCUUCGCAACAUUCCCUUUGACGCGUGGCACGCCAUCCACGGCGACUACUACGAGGCGUCGAUCGCGAGGCCCAUGAUCGCAUCCUCGCUGCAUGGAGCCGCGUGGGUCUCAACGAUCGCGUCCCACACAUGGCUGCCGCAAGCCGACGAAAGCAUCCUCUGGCAUGCAAAGGGUCUGCAUCAUUUCACUCUCGCGUACGCCAAUAACGUGCAAGUCGGUCUCCAAGAGACGAUCGAUGUGACCAACGCGCUGGGUCAGCGCCACGCAACGCUCCUCAAGGCCGUGCCGCUCGUCGAGCGCGGGUCGUUUGGCUCGUCCAUCUACCUCUACGGCGGUCUCUUGUACGACUUUGAAGCCGUUGGCGCCAACGGCAGCCUUGUUCGCAACACGUCCAACUUUCGCAGUGACGCUGCGUACAUUCAAUACUACGUAGUGGGGACACCACUGAGCCCCGCGCAGAGCGCCGUACACUCUCAGAUUGGGCCCCUCGGGUCGAUCGACAUGACGUGGGUACCGCCGCCACUGGCGCUUCUCGCGUCCGUCGAGUUGUUUCGAUCCUCGAUUGGAGCCAACCUGGCGGCCAAUGCGGUGUUUCGCACGGCCUUUCUCGCAAUGGGCAGUGGUUCGAUGCUGCACCCGACGCCGACGGCGUGGCGCAACGAUUCGCUUCGCUUCUUGGGAGGUAGUCCGCUCUGUGGGCACGGCGCGCCCGUCCCGUUUGUACAAGAGAGCUUUGGUUUUGACGACGGCUGCGGCACGCAAAAGCCGCUGACUCUGCACUGGACGCCCUUAUCAAGUCUCUUUGCAGCAGUCAUGCUACGGAAUACCAGUCGUACCUCGCUCUGCGACCUCUGCAACGGACCCGACGUCUACGCGUGCGAGGCGCGAAUGGCCUCAACGACGGCAGCGAUCACAGCGAUACCAGGCUUCGCGAUCGUGGCACCAACAACGGUGAUCGAAGAUCUCAACAUUUCGCUGUUCCAAUUCGUGUCGGCCGACAAAAAGGUAUGGCUCGAGACGCUGCCGAUUUUGACUCCCGACUUUGCCGUUGCCGGAUGGAUGGCGCUAUAUGAUUGGGCGCUUGGGGACCGGGAGGUCGUCUUGUUUGAAGGCGACGUGGACGACAUGGCGUUGAUCUCGUCCACGUACACGCUACUGUCUCGCCCGCCGGCUAGCGACCUGGGCAACGUCGGCGUCUAUCUCUGGUCGGUGGCCGUCUACAUUUCGGUCGUCUUGACGGUCGUGUCACUUGUGCUGAUUCUGCUCUGGGCGCAGCACCGCCCGCUUCACUGUUCGUGGUGGUACUUUCAUCGCAUUGUAGCGAGUGUGUGGCUCUCGAAGUCGCUGCUCGUCGUGCGUGGCCUCACGGCCGUGCUCUGCCUUGCGACAACACCGCUCGUCCCGUCUCACGAUGACGUCACAUCGUCGCUCUCGCAUGCGCCGCGGUCGCUCCUCGUGUCGGCUGUGCUCGCAAGCGAGGUCACGUGGACGCUCUACGUGCUCCAUGAACUUGCGCACCCGAUGACGCAGGCGUACACGCGCACGUACGCACCAAUCAGCAUCAGCCUCGCGUGGCUACUCACGAUGAGCUAUGACUUCUUCGCACCACUGGAUGACGUUGCCAUUCGAAUCCAGCGCAGCUGCAGCCAUGUUAGCUUUGGGUACGUCAUCCACUGUCAAAGCGCGCGCCUCGCGAUUGGCUCCUACGCGCGCUUUACGAGCCUCUUGGUGGCCCACCUCGCUCUUCUUGUCCUCUGUGUGCUCUUGGCGCGGGCGAACCGCCGCCGCCAUGCGGCAUGCACCCCGAGCACCGGCACGGCACUCUUGCCCACGAUGGCCGCGGCGUUUCUUUGGUCAGAAGACGCCUCAGCGAUCGACUUGACGCUCCAGAACGUCGUGACAGGGGCCAUGUGUGGCCUCUUCAGCGUUUGCGGCCAACGACGCGUCUUUGACAUCAAACUAUGGCGGUUCUUUGAGAGCACCCAGCUGCAGCGCGGGCCGAGCCUCGGGUCGUGCAUACUAUCCAGCAAGCGCGAGUCGCUUCCGAUGUGCUGCAAGUACUCGACGCUGAACCUCGUGCUUGGUUUUGCCUACCUCGCAUUGACGCUUUGUAACAACGCGCUCUACCUCGAUGUCGCGGACGAGACGUUUGCCAACGACUUUGGGUGGCGUGGGUUUAGCACAGCUCGCACCUACCCGUUCCUUGGUAACCUCUUCAACACCCACUUGCUCACGACGUCGUUCAUGCGUUUCCAGCUCGACAAUGCAUCGCUCGGCGACCUCACGCAGACGUACAACGCGUCGUCGGCACUGCUGAAACUCUUCCGUCACACGGCCAUCAACGAUGCUAUCGCCAACCUCCGCCACAUGGACCCGUGCAAGUUACCGUGGAUGUUUACGCAAUACUGCUGGCUCGAUCUGGGUCAAACGUGGUCGAUGGCGUCGACCGCCGCGCGCCAAGCCCGCUGCGGCGUCCACUCCACCAACGGCGCGCGGUACCUCGAGACUGGCCUCCGCAAUCUUCGCGACGUUGACGCUUGGGACGCCUGUUGGGGCAGCUCGUUUGCAAUUGGGUUUGGCGAUUUUCUUGCAACAUCGCAAAAUGGACAACGGUGGCUUUCGUCGACGCUGCAGCCGUACACGCUCUCGGUCGACGACGAAGCGACGCACUGGGCAGCACACGGUGGCAUUGCUACGUUUGAACUGCAGUGGCAAAACUACAAAGCGCUGGGAUUCGACGACGCACUGACGAUCUGGACGGCAUUAGGGUUAGGGUACACCCUCCCGCUGAGCGCGAUCGCUGGCGUCUUCCGAAGAGACCAGCAAACGUCGUUGCGCAUGUACUGGUCGUUCGCCGCGGACCUCUGGGCCAUUGCCUCCAAUAAGACGUGCAUUGGUGGUCGUAGCUUGGUUCGAAGCAGCGCUCAGUUUGCCUUUGCCAAUGCAACGACGCCCGAGUCGUUGCUCUUAGAGAAUCUCACGCUUGCGGCGCCGCUCUCGCCGGGCCUCGCGAUGCUCGCGGCCUCACUCGGACCGUUUGGCGCGGUCGAUAUGGUGUACGUGCUGCCGCCGGCGCCAUUGCGUAGACUCUACGAGUUGUUCACGGCGCUCCUCUCGCAGUAUAUGCAAUUGCCGCAAACCAACACGAACGCAUUCUUCAAACUGCCCGUCCGACCCGCGAUCGCCGAGGCCUCUUCGUGGCUGCUGUCAGGUCCCGACACGAUGUUAGUUGGCGGCAACCUUCUCUGCGGUGACGACUUGCCACCGUUUAGCGCCCGCAACGGCAUCGACUUGGCCUUCUCAGUCGACAACCUCUGCCAUGCGGUCUUUCUCGACUACAUGCAUCCUGGCACGAUCGGGCUCCUCUUUAGCCUCUUUGGGCAUACGAGCACAAGUUACAGCGAUAGCGAUGUCGUUAAUGUCGAGAGCAUUUGCACCCUGGACGCGUACCGAGGUCUGAGCUGUGCGGAUGACUACCAGACGCUCUUGGCCUUUCUGAUGGACGAAGUGCAACCGCCACCUGUUUUCGCUUCGCUCGCGAUCGAGACACAGACGACCGUGCGGUCCAUGAACAUUGAGAUGAUCCAGUAUCUCUACCGCAAUAUGAGCGCGACAACACCUCUCGAGCUCUACCGCAUCAACCUCUUGGACAUGGACGAUGUACCGUGGCGAUUUUACGGCUGGUGCUUUCUGUACGAAUGGGUCACGGGUGCCCGCGAAGUCGUGUCUUUCCAAGGGGAUGUCAGUACGAUAUCGACCAUCUCGGCGCGGGCAAACCCGACGCACUUGUCGCCAGACCCGCGCGUUCUCCCGACAUACCUCUCGCUCGUGUUUCGCGACUGCCUCAUUGGCAUCACGUGUUCGAUGACAGCAGUCGCCUUGCUCCUCGUAUUGUAUGCGAUUCGCUGUCAAGGCCGCAUUGAAGGCUUGAACCUAUUGGAAGUGAACCGGAUCGUCGGCAUUGUCUGGAUCGGCCGUCCGUUUCUGCUGCUGCGUGGGAUCACCGCCAUCAUGCUGCUCAACACGAGUCCUCUCUACUUGGAAGAGCGCGGCGGCGUCACGCGCAUGGCCACACCGCCGCUGCCGUGGCACAACACGAUCGUGGCGGCAUCCGAAGCCACGUGGCUUGUCUACGUCCUCAACGACCUUUUUAGCUGCGUCACGCGGCAAUAUACGACCGUGUAUGCGUACAAGAGCACGCUUCUCACGUGGGCCGCCGUUGCUACCUAUACCUUUCUUCAGCCCCACGUCCACGCGGCUGAAAUGACGCGGCGCUGUAUCGCGAUCGAGAUGGACUCUGCACUGCGCUGUAACAGCGGCUACAUCGAAAUUGGCAACGGUGUUCGCUUCUGGAAGGUCAUUGCGAUCUGCUGUAGCUCGAUCUUGGUCUGUUAUGGCGCCGACCGUCUCUGGCAGCCGCGCUUGCCCGAUGUCGCAGUGCCAUCGCUGCUUCUAAGUGCGCAGAGCGUCUACCUCUUAACAUUUGACCGGUGGAUUUACGACGGCGACUACUAUCUGGACCGGACCUCGGCCGUCAUGGCCGGCCUCGUCAGCGUCAAUUGGCGCGGCUCGAUGCUCAUCCUUGACAUCAAAGCGUGGCGCGUGCACAUUGUGCGCCCGCUGGUUUCGCUCGACCCGAACCAGCCAAAGCGCUUUCGACACGCGAUCCCGCUCCAAUGCAUUGGUGCCGAGUAA